UAUGAGUAGACGAUUUCCGUAUGGAUCGAUACAUCCCAGUCAAUGUUAAUCGGUGUCGAUAAUAUGAAAAGCGACGAUCCUUUAAAUAAUCCCCUAGAUAAUAUUGGCCAAUUCGUCGUCUGCCUGGCGUGUAACUCUGAUUCACCCUACGUACGACGGGAAACUCGAAAAAACUGUCACGUUUGCAGAAAUCCUUUUAAAUACAGAUGUGGCAAAUGCAAUCGACAUUAUUUGUCGUACACGGCCUUAUCGUUUCAUCAGCGGCAUCUCUGCGAUCAAGAGCCAAAAUUUUUCUGCAGCGACUGUAACUAUAAAACCAAUCACAAAGGAAAUUUGAUGAAUCACAUUCACAAUAUCCACGAACAAACGAAUUGGGAGAAGUGCGAGCACUGCGGAAAGAUGUUCAAAACACGAAAUUAUUUACGCUCGCACCAAAAAUACAGUAAUUGUUUAUUAAAGAAUGCGUCAUUGUAAAAAAAAAGUUUCAGU